AUGAGUGAUAAUAAUGAUGUUAUAGAGCCAGAGGAUAGGGAUGAUGUCAAUGAUGAAGAUAUUGACAAUGAAUGCGAUAUUACAGAUGAUAUAAAUAGGCUUUCAAUCUCUUCAGAGAGACAUGAUCAACAACAACAACAACAACAGUUGUCAAUUGUUGAAAGAGUACAAAGAGGUGACUUUAUGAAGAUUGCUGCUCCAAUGGUUAGAUUCAGUAGGCUACCAUUCAGACUGUUAUGUAAAAGAUGGGGAUGCGACAUUACCUACUCGCCAAUGAUAUUGGCAGAUGCAUUCAACAGGAGUCAAUAUGCAAGAGACUCUGAUUUCACUACCAAUGCUUACGAUGAUGCAUUGAUUGUACAGUUUGCUGCUAAUACAGCUGAGGAGUUGACGGCCGCUGCAGAGAAGGUGGCAAACCAUUGCCAGGGCAUUGAUAUUAAUUGUGGAUGUCCUCAGAAGUGGGUCAUGAAGGAAGGCUAUGGCGCCAACCUAUUGCUCCAUCCACAAAAGAUAACAGACAUGGUAAAACAGACGAGGAAUCGUGUGCCUAUCCCGCUGAGCAUAAAGAUUAGGAUACAGCCUGACUUGAACAAGACGGUGGAGUUGGCACGCCAGGCAGAGGCUGCCGGCGUAUCAUGGUUGGCUGUACAUGGCCGCACUUCACAACAGCGUUCAUCACAUCCAGUCGACUAUGAUGCCAUCAAGUUGGUAAAGGAGAGUGUCUCGAUACCAGUGUUUGCCAAUGGUGAUAUCUUCACAUUGAGGCAAGCAGAGGAGAUAAGAGAUCGUACCGGUGUCAAUGGUGUUAUGUCGGCUCGAGGCAUCCUCUGUAACCCAGCCCUAUUCAAAGGCUACGAUGUGACGCCACCCGAGUGCGUCAAAGACUUCAUGGACAUAUACACAGAGUUUGGUGGACUGCAUCCCAACAUCCUUCACCGUCAUCUAAUGUACAUGCUAUUCUCCGUUCACAACAAGCAUGAGAAACUAGAGUUUAAUCGAUUGAAUACCACAUCAGCUAUAAUGGACUUCUUGUCAGAGAAGUACUUUGAUAACCUCUGA